CGGCGGCGGGGCCGCGCUGCAGCCUCGGCCGGGGAGGUGCCGCUCUCGCACCGCUGAGGCGCUGCCGCCGCCGGGCCCAGGAGCGGGAGGAGCAGCUGCGCAUCUUUUGCUCCUGGUCUCUUUUCCCCUACGAAUCUCUGCGAAGACAAGUUAUGUCCACAGCUACUCUAAUUAAUUUGGUACGGAAUGGAGGGUUCCAAGUAAGAAGGAGAGCCGCGCUCUCGUCCCGCUUCCUGCAGGACGAGAAGCGCCCCGCAGCCGCCUGCUCCAUCUCCACCUGCGAGCGCCGCGCCUCCCGCUUCGACCCCGACGGGAGCGGGCGGCCGACCACAUGGGACACCUUCGGCAUCUGGGACAAUCGCAUCGAUGAACCCAUUCUCCUCCCACCUAGCAUAAAGUACGGGAAGCCGAUCCCAAAGGUGAGCCUGAGCAACGUGGGCUGUGCCAGCCACAUCGGGAAGCGAAAGGAAAAUGAGGACCGGUUCGAUUACGCUCAGCUGACUGAGGAUAUCCUGUACUUCGCAGUGUACGAUGGGCACGGCGGGGCGGCAGCUGCUGACUUCUGUGAUAAGUACAUGGAGAAAUAUAUUAAGGAAUUUCUUGCUGAGGAGGAAAACUUGGAAAAUGUUUUGAGCAAAGCUUUUCUAGAAAUAGACAAAGCAUAUGAAAGACAUGCUAAUCUCUCUGCUGAUGCAACUCUGCUGAGCUCUGGGACCACUGCAACAGUGGCUCUGCUCCGGGAUGGAAUUGAGCUGGUUGUGGCAAGUGUGGGAGACAGUCGUGCUCUGCUGUGCCGGAAAGGAAAGCCCAUGAAACUCACCAUUGACCAUACUCCAGAGAGAAAAGAGGAGAAGGAAAGGAUUAAGAAGUGUGGUGGCUUCGUUUCCUGGAACAGUUUGGGACAACCUCAUGUGAAUGGUAGACUUGCAAUGACACGAAGCAUAGGAGAUUUGGAUCUUAAAAACAGUGGUGUGAUAGCCCAGCCAGAAACAAAAAGGGUUCAGCUGCACCACGCAGACGACAGCUUCCUGGUGCUGACAACCGAUGGCAUCAACUUCAUAGUGAACAGCCAGGAGAUCUGCGACUUCAUCAGCCAGUGCCAUGACCCUGCUGAGGCUGCCCACGUGGUCACUGAGCAGGCAGUGCAUUUUGGCUCUGAAGACAACAGCACAGUUGUCAUAGUGCCAUUUGGAGCUUGGGGCAAGUACAAGAAUGGGGAGAUGACCUUCUCCUUCAGCCGCAGUUUUGCUUCCAGCGGGAGGUGGGCGUGAAGACAAUGCCACAGCGAUCCUUUCCUGCCGUCACCUGGACACAGCAUGCUACAGGAGAACUCCAUCUAUUCCUAGGCUGACUUAGUGUCUUGUCCAUCUCUUCUGUUCCCAGUGUUAGAAGAUGCCACUGCUCCCUUGGUGCGUAGUGCCCGUUGUUGCUUACGGCUGACCGUGUCUUGCUGCCCGUGUUAUUCGCAGCGGCAUCGGGGCAGCGCCCUGGGUUUGUCGCCCCGGCAGCUCCACACAUCACUUUGUUCACAAAGACAAGGUUCUGGGCUUUCACCUGAGGCUGGAGGGGGUGCACAGUCAUUUCAUGCCUACUUGUAUUCCUCAGGACCCUCAGCUCCCUGGCAGCUGGCUUCCUUGUCCGAUAAAACACAGGGGAACAAACGCACAAUGUUCUUACGUAGACAGAAAGAGGGUUUGUUGUCUUCUUUUGCUGCAGCCACCUGAAACUCCCCUGUGCUCCAGGAGAAAUGGGUGAAAAAUAAAGGAGACGUUUCAGAAGGUUUAGGUUCUGAUGCCAGUGGCAGUUGGUGUAGCUGUACAAGUUCCUGAGACAGUGCUACUUUGUGCUCUCACUGCCAUCAUCUGUGAUCCUCUAGCUCCAAGGAGACAGACCAGGCUGGAGCCAUGUGCUGUUGGACAGAUGGGAACCUUUCUCCAUUGGGUCCAAAGCCUGUGCAGUCUCUGUGGACAAUGCAGCAGCCCCUUGCACUGUCUUCUCUUUGCUGUCAGUGCCUGACAGAAGCACUGAGGAGGGAAAAAGACGCACAGUUUUGAUAUCCAGAGACUCUCAUCAACUUGAAUUUCUUUUUUUUUUUUUAAUAAAGAAAGUAAGCUAAUUUCAAAGAGUUUACUCUUCAAGACCUGAUGCGUAAGACAGUUUAUUUCUUCAUACAUACAUGAGGAUUUUCCUGCCCUCUGCUGAAGGUGUCUGAGUUAGUUGUGAUCUCUCAUGUCUCUCCAUGGUACACAAGGAGGUAUAAAAUGCCCCAAACAAGCUAGAAAAAGGAGAGAUCAUUAUAACAAUGUAAGGUAAUUUUUGUAAGUUUUGGGUAUUGUUUCUGGUAGGUGUCAGAUAUUCAGAUACCAGAAAGGAGUUUUAUACUUAGAGGAAGGGUUUUCACUUCCCCUCUUGGAGGGGAAUCUGUGUCCAGUGAGUCAUGGGGAGACCAGAGCUCUGAUCCAGCUCAUAUCACUGCUGUGACAUGGACUGCAGGUGACAUGUUGGCACAGGUGAAGAUCUGUCCCAGUGUGCCUCAUUCAGACCUCUUCCUUCCUCCAUUCUAUUUCCAUGUCAGCUGUCAGCUCCUGUGGCAGUGAAAUAUGGGCAGAGAAGAAUUGGUCUUUUCUCAGCCUUUCCACAGUAUUUUUCCUUCUAUGGAUGCUUCCAAUAGCACAAUUGUAAAAAUUGUAAAAACAAAACAAAAUGAAAGAGAAGUUGCCUGAUACUAAAUCACCUUGAAAAAAAAAAAAAUCUGCCUGAACUGAUUCUGAUUUUCCAUUGUGAAAUACAUAUCUUCAUUACUUUUGUCCCUUUCCUUUAGUCCAGGGUUAUCCCUUAGGCAAUCAGUCCACUAGUUUUUCCUUGUCUGUGGUGGAAGACCCAGCAGCACCCAGCAGAGCACCGUGUUGUACUGACAGCAUGAAGUACUGGAUGUGCAGAGUGCCCUGGGUUUGCCUGUCCAAUCACUUGGUGUGUUAUGUGCUAUGCACCAUGUACUUAUUUGGGUUGUAACUGCAGUGGUGUGUGUAAAUUUCUGCUGUACUGGAUGCUGGUGCCCAUGCCUGUGUAGUGAGCACACCACUGGUUUACAAUCCUAAUUCCCUCUCUCUCCUCAGAUUUUCCCCAGAGUUGGGGUUCAGUGUUCACCUGAGGUCAGGAUUGUUGCUGUUGGGGGUUUUUACUUCUCCUAACAUCAUAGUUGUCUUCUCAGGGGAAGGAUCCAUCCAUAACUUCUUUGAAAUUUUACCAAGGAAGGGAUAAGACAAAGCUCUGUGAAACAGAUUAUUAUUAGAUUCAGGUGUAUUGAUGGUUGCUAUUGCUGCUUCUCUACUAUCACAGAAACACUUGGAUUGGGAAGGAUUCCUGGGCGCCAUCUCACCUCCAGUCCUUUCUGUUGGACCCAUUGUUUUUUUUUUCCAGUUUCUUUUUCACUCCUGGGGCAGUUCCUGUAGUUGCUGCUGUUGUUUGAGUCCUGCUUCAAGCCCAACCCUCUCAUAGCACUGAAGUGAGGCACAGACCAGGCCCCAGUAUGGGGCAAAAGCUGCUGGUUUUCACUGGGGUGGGCAAGGCACCCCUCCAUCAGGUGACACACCAGUUUGCCAGGGUUGUUGCCCAUUCAGGUGUGAAGUCCCAGGCUCUGGGUGGUGAUACCUGUGCUAGGAACCUGCCCAAAUCCUUCCACACCCUGCCAGCCAGGGAACAGCUGCCUCAGGGCACAUUUCAGUAUUGCCUCACCCAGGAAUCUUCUCUUCUACCAUGAUGACACCAGAUUCCACCAACAAGGACCCCUGGAACCUGCACAAUCAUCCGCACCAAUCCAGAGCGGGGAGAGGGAGAUGUAUUCCCUCAUCCUCUUGUGGAGACAAGACAGCUCCCGCAGCUCAGCAAGGCCAUCCAUGCCAGGACACAGCCCAGAGCCAUUGUUUGUACUAGCACAUUCCCAGCUUCAGCCUUAUAAAGGAUAAGCAGUGCAGCCAGCAAACUCCCUGACUCCCACAGGAGUUUGCUGCUGCUGCAGCAAUAACACACUGGAUACAAAGCUGCCGUUGUCUGUGUCCCAUGCUGGGUGCCAAGAAGCACCAUGGAAGAUGAACCUUGGCUGGACCACUAUCAGCUGCCCACCAAGCUGCUCUUAUCACUCCCCUCCACAGCAGAGUGGGGGCUGGGGGGAGAAAAUAAAAUGAAAAAACCCCAAACCUGGUCAAGAUAAAGAUAAUUAAUAAAGAGUGUUACCAGCCCCUUUUCAGGUGCCAGUACGCAGCCCAGCACUGUGAGGAUGCUGUGGGGAGAUGAGCUCCAUCCCAGCCAGGCCCAAUAAACACUUUAGGUUUUCCAUCUGGUCACUAGGCCUCCUGCAGCCCAUGGCAGCUCUGCAAGCAACCAGCUCCACUGGUACCCCCCCAGGGACUGGCAAGAUCCUCCUGCACAGCAGAGCUCCUUCAGCUUGAGGACAAAGAGCAAAUUGUCCUAAAACAACAGCUGCCUGCCAGAGAGGUUUAUUAUUCCAGGACAGUGAAAGAUCUCACACUUUGAAUGAAACAAAAUGGCAUAUUUGCUCUGUAGCUCACUGACUUUCUGGAGCAUCUGAGGUUACAACAAAAAGAGUAUUUUUUGUUUAUGACAGACUGAACCAAACAUUAGAGGUGACCUGCUGAGCAAACUGUAAAAAAUAUUUGCUUUUUUCUACCUUUUAGGGGGUGGAUUCUGAAAUCCAUUGGAUUUGGUAAGAAUAUUUUCCUGCCUGAACAUGCCCCCCUGAAGCAGCGGAAUCUCUGUAUAGGCACUGCAGGAGGGUGGGCUGUGGGUGAGAAAGGCAAAAAUGCUGUCCAGCUAGGUAUUCAUUUUUACUGUGGGGAUAUGGAAGGCAUGGAGGUCAUCUCAUGUUGCUGGAGGAUUUACUAGGAGAGGUGUUGAGACUGUAGAUGGAGUUCCAGCUUAAGUCUCUCUGCCACUUGCAAAGAUGGGGGGUUCAUGCUUUAUAGAGGGAACUCCCAAAAAAGUCAUUUGCAGCCUGGAUUUAGGAGAGCUGGCCUCCCUGGAUGAUGAACAUAGCACAAGAGACUGAAAAGGGGCAGAGAUCCAGUAAUUAAUAUAGGCCUUCAUUACAGUCAGUCCCUUUGGGCUGAAAUGCUCAGGGCUGGAGAAUAAUCCUGGAGCAGCUGAAAAUGGGGGUGUGGAGAGAAAUCAGCAAUAUCACUGCUUUUUACAUGUUUGGAAAUUGAGAGGAGCUUAGACUCACCACAGGAUUUCUGCUGAGUUCCCCAGGAUCAGGGUUCCAUGAGCCACAUUUUCUGUCUCAGCUGGUGGAUGUGCUGUGGUCAAAAACAUUGAGAUUUUUAGCUAAGGGAAAAGCACAAAACAACAGCCACCAGUGAAACUGGUUUAAUAAUGAUUUCUCUUAAAAACCUUCAGUUGGGCACUGCCAGGUCAUUGCUCACUCACCCAAGAAGCCAAAUGUACAGUACAACAACACUCUGGGUAUUCCUUGGUUCCAAACUGCUGUUCUGAAUGCUGAGAUACCCAUCAGGUACCCUCUUGACCCGGGACAUGGAGUGCUUGGGCAGUGGUGCCUGUCAUAACUUUCUUACAGUCUUAAGUGCAAUUGUGUACAUUUCUUACAUGCUUUGCCUUGGGGCUGUGUGUAAUUUCUGUGGUUUGAUGUUUAUCUUUGGUGUAAUCAGUGUUCGAAUUUCAUCUACUAUGACAUUUUAUAGAGGUGCCCAUCUUGCUUUUUUUUUUUCUUUAAAAAUGUUUUUUCAUCUUCAUCAACUCAAAGCUACAGUAGAACAGCUAAGUCUGUACUGGAAUGCUUACAAGACCUUUCAAUAAAGAAUUGGCUUCUAGGA